ACAGGGCAUUGUGGGCACGCAUGCUUGUCGGAAUUUCUAUAGACUGGUGAAAACAUAGAUACUGACACAGGAGCGGCAAAAAAGAUUGAGCUGCUACGAACUGUUACACAUCAGGGUGUCCUACUACUAUUAUCAUAAAGAUGUCUGAACAAUAUUCAUAUGGACAACAGCAGCAGCCACCACCUGGUAGCCACCAGAGUUAUGGCUCCACUCAACAAGGAGGAUAUGGUCAGCAACCUGGCUACAACGCUUAUGCUGGUCAGGGGGGCUACGCUGGGCAACAAUCUUAUGGUGCUCCACCACAAUCUACAGGUGCCCCACCACAAUCUGCAGUAGCUCAACAAUCAACAGCAUAUCAACAAGGUGGUUACCAACAAAAGAGCGGUGGCUAUAGCCAGCAGCAAUCUUAUGGAGGAUAUAAUCAAGGUGCUUCAAGUGGUGGGUACAGUCAAGGGAGUGGUGGUGGCAGCAGUUACGGUCAGCCAGGAGGAUAUAGUCGUGGUGGGGGUGGAAAUUACAACCAAGGAGAUAGUGGAGGAAGGGGUGGCAGUUAUAAUAGUGGUUCUUAUGGUCAAGGUGGUGGUGGUGGUGGUGGCUACAAUAAAGGUGGUUACGACUCAGGUGGUAGUGGUGGUAGUGGUGGUGGUUAUGGGAGUAGAGGAAGUGGUUCAGGCGGUUAUGGUGGUCGAGGAGGUUCUUCCAGUGGUAAUCAAGGUGAUAGCAUGGCUAAAGAAGGUAUGAUUAUACAAGAAGACACAGUAUUUGUCGCUGGUCUUCCACCUGCUGCAACACCAACAGAGAUAGCUGAUUACUUUGGCAAAAUUGGCAUUAUUAAGAUGGAUAAAAGAACUAGAGAACCAAAGAUCUGGAUCUACAAAAACCGUGAUGGAACAGGAAAAGGUGAAUGUACAGUAACAUAUGAAGACGCACAAGCCAGUCAAGCAGCUGUAGAUUGGUUUAAUGGAAAAGAAUUUAAUGGUAAUACAAUAAAGGUAUCAAUUGCUCAAAGAAAAGCGCCAGAAGGUGGUUUCGGACGUGGACGUGGCAGAGGUGGAGGUGGAGGACGUGGAAGAGGAAGGGGAGAUUUUGGUGGACGCGGUGGAGGUGGACGAGGUGGAGGUGGUAGAGGAGGAGGUGAUCAACGAGACGGAGACUGGAACUGUCCAAGCUGCAAUAAUAACAAUUUUGCCCGUCGAUCAGAGUGUAACCGGUGCGGAGAAAGUCGUGCAGGAGGUGGUGGUGGUGGUGGUCGUGGUGGUGGUGGACGAGGCCGUGGUGGCGGUUACGGUGGUGGUGGCUACGGACGCGACAGGGGAGGUUCAGACAGAUCUGACAGAAGAAAUCGUGAUUACUAAUUGUAACAUGCAUGUGCAAUGCCACUGGACACGAAAACCAUUCAACAAAGCUGUGUAAAGAAGAUUGCGAAGCAUUUUAUGCUACAGAAAGCGAGUAAUUUUGCACGAUAAACUUUGUGAUUGAUUGAUGUAUUGUUUUUAUAACGGUUGUACAGUAUAUGUCGGUGUUUAAUAAAUACCAUAAAUAAUUUUAA